AUGCUCUACGAUCUCAACAUCGCCUGGUCGCCCUCUACGACCGAGGAACAGCUUCUCCAGACCCUCACUCUAUCUUCUUCUCUCGGAUACUCAACCGUCGCUCUCAGCCACACGCUCACGCUACCAUUCCCCGCCAACCCUGUCGCGCCAUUCCCGUCGAUUCCAUCAUCGCCAACCUCAAAGCUUCCAAAUGUCCUUCACCGCGCGACUCUUCCUCUCUCAGAUCCUUCGGCCAAUAAUUACCGAAUUCCCUCUCUCGCUUCCACAUACGACAUCAUCGCCGCCCGUCCGCUCACGGACAAGGCCUUUCAAAACGCCUGCCUAACGCUUGACGUACCCAUAAUAUCCGUCGACUUUACCAAGCACUUGGACUUCCACUUCAAACCGAAACCAUGCAUGGCGGCUGUCUCGCGGGGCGUUCGUUUUGAGGUCUGUUACAGCCAAGCUCUGAUCGCCGAUGCCCGAGGGCGCGCAAACUUCAUCUCAAACGUCACAGGUCUCAUCCGGGCCACACGUGGUAGAGGCAUAUUACUCAGCAGCGAGGCCAAGGAUGCGCUCUCACUAAGAGCACCUGCGGAUGUGGUCAAUCUGCUGAGUGUAUGGGGCUUGGGCAACGAAAAGGGCAUGCAGGGUCUUGGUGAGAUACCGCGUUCCGUCGUUGUGAAUGAGGGCAUCAAGAGGAACGGCUUCAGGAGUGUUAUCAACAUUGUCCAAGUCGCCGAACAAGAAAAAGGGUCAAACGAUAAUGCGGACGACAAAAGCGCAAAGAACGAUGCUGAAAAGAAGAACAAAAACAGGGGGAAAAAUCAGAAUCAAAAUCAAAAGCGCAAGAACGGCGAGGAGGACACUCAGCAACUCAGCAAACGACAGGCCAAGAAGAUGAAGCUGGCCCAGAGAAAUGCAGCAACGGAGAAGAAAUAA